UUGUAAGCAGAGGUAGUUAUGACAUAGUAUAUAAGCAAUAGUAUAAGCCAUAAUAAUAAUAUAUAAUAUAUAAGCCUUCAACCUUCAAAUUUAAAAUAAAUCUUUGUCAACAUUAAACCCUAGAGUUCAAUGUCACUUCCUGCCAACAGCUUACACCGACGAGCUCAAUUGCUUUUGACGAAAAUCACUGCACAUGGCUGCUUCAAAAGGCACCAUUAUCGUUACGGGCGCUAAUGGCAGUCUUGGUAGCGCUAUCGUUGCUAAAAUAGUGUCCACGCCAGAGUUCGCAGCAUAUCAUGGUAUCUAUACCGUAAGGGACACUGCUUCUGCUCCAGCCUUAAACCACGCUCUACAAACAACACAGACGACUCGUCCGCACAACCAUGACCUUCUGUCGCUCGAUCUAACCGAUUUGACAAAAAUACGAGAGAUUGCCGCCUCUGUCAAUGCCCGCGUUGUGGCAGCAGACAUCCCCCCUAUUCGAGUACUCAUACUCAACGCGGGGUGGCAAGAGUACACUACACAGACCUGGACCAAGGAUGGCUUCGAUAUGUCAUUCGUGUCUAAUUACUUGGGUCAUUGGCUCCUAACCAUGCUGCUGUUGCAGAGCAUGGACCGCGAGUCGGGUAAGAUUGUUGUAGUUGGGAGUUUGUCCCAUGAUACUCAAGCCGGACAGAACAACUCAGGAGGCCAGUUUGUGGACCCAAAAUGGAAGGUCAUAUUUCAUGACAGCACCGAGCCCGUGGCGAAGGGUACUUGGAGUACUAACAAGGACGAUCCGUCGUGGUGUUCUGGAUACCGACGGUAUGCAGCUUCGAAGAUGUGCGAGUUACUGAUGAUCGGAGAACUACAACGGCGAGUUGAUAUGGAUCCCAGCCUGAAUAAAAUAUCUGUUCUUGGCGUUGAUCCGGGCUCGAUGCCUACUAAUAUAGUCCGACGGGCUCCCUGGGCUAUACGAACGGUCCUUUUCAGUAUUAUGCAUCUGUGUGCGAGCUUAGUAGUGUGGCUGAUGCCAAAUGGACCUCUCCGUACGACUCGAAAGUCAGCUGGAGACAUUCUCGCAGCGAGCUUCGAUCCAAACACGAACAAGGGGCUCUAUUUCGAUGGAUCAGCAAGGGCAGAGAUGAGUCCAGAAGCUAGAGAUCCUGUCAAGCAAAGAAUGCUAUGGACGGAUACUUUAAAGUACACGCAGCUGAAGUCUGGAGAAACGGCGCUUUCUAAUUGGACGUGACGGGCAAGUUGUAAGAGGACUUCAUCUUCUCACUCUGGACGUUCCUGUAUUCAACUACUGUCGUUGUGUGAAAAUAUCUUUCUUCAGUGUACUAUUUUGUACUACCCAACUGGAUAUAUCAAAGAAAUCCUGAUAUAGCAUUUUCCAUAGCGGUGAUCUGCACAGCUACCAUUGUACCUACUAUGAAGUACACACAUGUAUGUGUUAUAUAAACCAUCACUUUUCUUCUUAUCACUUCAUAUACAUAAUCUAAG